AUGUCUCUUUACGCAAUACUGCUGCUUCUCGUUUCCACAGUCCUCAUAGCUGCAGAGGAUAUGCCGUUGAUACGUAGCAAAAGAUGCUCUUGCAUGGGAGGCGGAGGUUUUGGAUACGGCGGAUAUGGCGGAUACGGUGGUUACGGAUCCGGAGGAUAUGGAGGAUUUCAAGGCGCUUAUUUCGGCGGUCCUUACGGCGGUUACCCAGGAUUUGGCUUCUAG